AGGGCCCCGGCGGCGGGGACAGGCGCGGCGAGCAUCCGUCUCGGGCUGGGACGCACUGACGCAGCGGCGAGCGGAGCCGGGAGUGAGGGCGCGUCGCCGGGUCGCGGGGGACGCGGCAGAAGCCGGGCACCGCGCUGCCGACUCGCUGUCCGACGUGAGCUCAGCGCCCUGGGCGCGGAUUUAAUACAUGAUAACUUCGUCUAAAAUGUCCAAGUUUUCAUCUGAAUAAGACACUGAAGCCAUCCUAGAAGUUCUGCAUCCAGGUACAUCUGGCAUAGUGUCUAAGACUAAUUAACCAGGAGAUCAAAAUGAUGCUCAACUCUUCCACUGAAGAUGGUAUCAAAAGAAUCCAAGAUGACUGUCCCAAAGCUGGAAGGCACAAUUACAUAUUUGUCAUGAUCCCUACUUUAUACAGCAUCAUCUUUGUGGUGGGCAUAUUUGGAAACAGCUUGGUAGUGAUUGUCAUUUACUUUUACAUGAAACUGAAGACUGUGGCCAGUAUUUUUCUUUUCAAUUUGGCACUGGCUGACUUAUGCUUCUUACUGACCCUACCACUCUGGGCUGUCAGCACCGCCAUGGGAUACCACUGGCCCUUUGGCGGUCACCUGUGUACGAUUGCUUCAGCCAGCGUCACUUUUAACCUCUACGCCAGCGUGUUUCUCCUCACAUGUCUCAGCAUCGAUCGCUACCUGGCUAUCGUUCAUCCGAUGAAGGCCCGCCUUCGGCGCACAAUGCUUAUGGCCAAAGUCACCUGCGUCAUUAUUUGGCUGUUGGCUGGCCUGACCAGUUUGCCAACUAUAAUCCACCGAAAAGUAUUUUUCAUUAAGAACACCAAUAUGACCGUUUGUGCUUUCCAUUAUGAUUCCCAAAAUUCAACCGUCCCCAUUGGACUGGGCUUAACUAAGAAUAUACUAGGUUUCUUGCUUCCUUUCCUGAUCAUUCUUACAAGUUACACUCUUAUUUGGAAGACUCUAAAGAGGGCUUAUGAGAUUCAGAAGAACAAGCCAAGAAAUGAUGAUAUUUUCAAGAUAAUUAUGGCAAUUGUGCUUUUCUUUUUCUUUUCCUGGGUUCCCCACCAAAUAUUCACUUUUCUAGACGUACUGAUCCAGCUGGGCGUCAUACAGGACUGUAAAAUUACAGACAUUAUCGACACUGCCAUUCCCAUCACUAUUUGCAUAGCUUAUUUGAACAACUGCCUGAAUCCCCUCUUUUAUGGCUUUCUGGGGAAAAAAUUUAAAAAAUAUUUUCUCCAGCUACUGAAAUACAUCCCUCCAAAGGCCAAAACUCACUCAAGCCUAUCAACAAAAAUGAGCACACUUUCCUACCGCCCCUCAGAUAAUGGAAACACGUCCAUCAUGAAGUCUGCCUCACGAAUUCAGCUUGAGUGACACAUUUGAAGCCUGUCCGUGAAGUAAUCCUAUGAAAGAACAAGCAAGAAACACAUUCCUCUACAGCAUUUCACUACCAAAGGAGCAUUAGGUACUUUCCAGAAUUUAAGAAGAGAAAGGUUAUGUGAUCUCAGCAAACCUUUCUAAAGCUCUGAACAAAAGCUUUUCUUUCCCUGUGCAACAAAACAAAAAGUAAAGCCACAUCCUGCCAUAUUUUGCAUCAGAUAGAUGAUGGCCACUCAGAGAACGACGUCAGAAACUACAUGAAGGUAUUCACUGGGAAAAUUUUACUGGCAGAAACGCCGUCUCCCUAGUCUGCUCCUGUUCUGUUAUUUCUGACUUCCACAUGAAGGUAUGUGGAAUGUGUUCAACCGUGAGAGGAGCGACAGGAGAUCAGAGCUCAAGAUUGCUCUGCCCAAUUUCCAAAGGGCAGUAAAGCUUUUCUGUGCCUACGGAGUUCCUAGCAACUGUGGCCCACCUGGACCUGCCACUGCACUUUUUGUACAUAGACUUGCUAAGCAGUAGUUGUCAGGUUUCUGAAACUUUUGCGAAAUUCAACGAGUGUCUUAUAGGUUCACACUGCCAAAACAUGCCAGCUAACUGGCUUAUUUGUACACAGAUAUUACUAAAGUCAUAUGUAGAAGCUAAACUCCUUAUAAAGGUGUUACUCUGGUUCCAUGUAGUAGUGUCUUCCUAGUGCUAUCAGUUUUGUUUCAUAUCUGAGAAGUAUAUAUAUUUUGUGGUAAAAAGAUUAUAUACCAAAAAGUAUGCCUUACUGUUUUAAAAAGUGUAUGUUCUACCUGUAUAUGUAUUCUAUAUCUCUAAACGGUUGUUACUGGAUUAAAAUCUGGCAAACUUAUAUUUACAUUAAAAAAAUUCAUUGUAAUGUA